GCGAGCGACCGCGGGGAGGCCGAAGGGCUAUCAUGAUGCGGCUCCGUAGCCCCGCGCUGCUGAGGGACCUGCUGUGGCUCAGCCAGACCGGCGGCGGGCUUAGAUGCUGCCAUCGCCCGGCGCUGAGGUGGUUCCAUCCCGCUUGGCCCGGGGUGGCCGGUGGCCGCCUACCCCUACGGCUGAUGCCCGGGGGCGCCGCCGCUGCCCGUUCCUUGUGCACCGGCUCGGAGGGCAUCCUGGAGGAGCCCGGCAAGGGCCCCCCGGCGCAGCAGCCGGCGGCCACGACGUCCUCCGAGAUGCCCGCCUCGGCCGCCGGCCAGAAUAGCCACAACGCGGGCGCAGGCAAGGAAGCAGGCGGCUUGGGGGAAAAUAAAACAAAGCAAGGCCUGUUGCCGAGCUUGGAGGAUUUGCUCUUCUAUACUAUUGCAGAAGGACAAGAAAAAAUACCAGUUCAUAAGUUCAUCACAGCUUUAAAAUCUACAGGUUUACGCACAUCUGAUCCAAGACUGAAAGAAUGCAUGGAUAUGUUAAGAUUGACGCUUCAGACAACAUCAGAUGGUGUCAUGCUAGAUAAAGAUCUCUUUAAAAAAUGCGUCCAAAGCAAUAUUGUCUUACUAACGCAGGCUUUCAGGAGAAAAUUUGUCAUUCCUGAUUUUAUGUCAUUUGCCUCUCAUAUUGAUGAGUUAUAUGAAAAUGCUAAAACACAGUCAGGAGGAAAGGUUGCUGACUAUAUCCCACAACUGGCUAAAUUCAGUCCUGACUUGUGGGCAGUGUCUGUUUGCACAGUCGACGGGCAGAGGCAUUCGGUUGGAGAUACCAAAGUCCCAUUUUGUCUUCAGUCCUGUGUAAAGCCUUUGAAAUAUGCUAUUGCUGUUAAUGAUCUUGGCACUGAGUACGUACACAGAUAUGUUGGUAAAGAACCUAGUGGAUUAAGAUUCAACAAAUUGUUCCUCAAUGAAGAUGACAAACCUCAUAAUCCUAUGGUGAAUGCUGGAGCAAUUGUGGUCACCUCUUUGAUCAAGCAAGGAGCAAAUAAUGCUGAGAAGUUUGACUACGUGAUGCAGUUCAUGAAUAAGAUGGCUGGAAAUGAAUAUGUCGGUUUCAGUAAUGCCACGUUCCAGUCUGAAAGAGAGAGUGGAGACAGAAACUUUGCAAUAGGCUAUUAUCUGAAAGAGAAAAAGUGUUUUCCAGAGGGCACAGAUAUGGUUGGCAUAUUGGACUUCUACUUCCAGCUGUGCUCCAUCGAAGUGACUUGUGAAUCUGCUAGUGUCAUGGCAGCCACCCUCGCUAAUGGUGGCUUUUGCCCCAUAACUGGUGAGAGAGUCCUGAGUCCUGAAGCAGUUCGGAACACUCUAAGUUUAAUGCAUUCCUGUGGCAUGUAUGACUUCUCGGGACAGUUUGCCUUCCAUGUGGGUCUUCCUGCAAAAUCUGGAGUUGCUGGUGGCAUUCUCUUGGUUGUUCCUAACGUUAUGGGCAUGAUGUGCUGGUCACCUCCGCUAGACAAGAUGGGCAACAGCGUUAAAGGGAUACACUUCUGUCAUGAACUGGUUUCUUUGUGCAACUUUCAUAAUUAUGAUAACCUGAGGCAUUUUGCAAAGAAGCUUGAUCCUCGCAGGGAAGGUGGUGAUCAGCGAGUGAAAUCUGUAAUAAAUCUUUUGUUUGCUGCAUAUACAGGAGAUGUGUCUGCACUAAGAAGAUUUGCCUUGUCAGGCAUGGAUAUGGAACAGAGAGACUAUGAUUCUCGGACCGCAUUGCACGUAGCAGCUGCAGAAGGUCACGUAGAGGUAGUUAAAUUUUUGCUGGAAGCUUGCAAAGUGAAUCCUUUCCCCAAAGACAGAUGGAACAAUACACCUAUGGAUGAAGCUUUGCACUUUGGACAUCAUGAUGUAUUCAAAAUUCUUCAAGAAUAUCAAGUUCAAUACACACCUCCAGACAAUUCAAGCAAUGGAAAGGAAAAUCAAACUGUACAGAAAAACUUAGAUGGCUUACUAUAACACUCUUCUGCUUGAGCCCAAGAAUCAAAGUUAAUGAUCUAUUUAAUUGUGGAAAAUGGUUAUGAAGAGUGUGUGUGUUUCUGUUGGAUAGUGAUGUAUAUUUUCCAGAAUACAGCUUUGUUCCAAUGUUACAGCAGCUUUGUUUGUUGCACACAGAAGACACUAGUUUCUUUUUCAGAAAAAACGAACUAUUCAUAAUGUGAGCAAUAUUACCUUGUGCUACGUGCAAGUGAUAGAAAUUAUUGUUCGCUAUAUGCACAAUUGGGAGGGGGGGGGUUCUCCAUGAAGCUUUACUCCAUAGUCAGCUUUUCUGUCCUGCUUGCUGUGUAUAUAUACACUCUUUUUAAAAAACUGUUUGCAAGUACCCCUGAGCCAACGUAGUUGUCGUCUUGCUAGAUUUCAAGUCAUUGCUGACGUGGAUUGUCUGGCACCUCGGAACAUAAAGCACUCAAAUCUUUUCCCACAACACCUGCUUACAACAUGUAAUUUCUUCCAUAUGGACUGAUGGAUGCUGUUAGGGUUAACUUUUGUUCCGGGUGUUUUUAUCAGGGAAUCUCUUCCAAGCUUUAUUUGACCAAACAACGUAGGGGAACGUAAGUAGAGAAUACUGCACCUGUAGACUCUUCGUCCUCCCCCCCGCCCUCCCUCAUUCACUGGUUGAAAGUUUUCCUCAAGAUGGACCUAUGGCAAAAGGCAUGUUUUCCUUAUGUGAUCAAAUUGCAUUUGUUUUGGUCAUAGGCUGUAAUGUAUACAUGCCAAACUGGAUGUUGCUCAGUAAAAAGUUGAAACUCACUUAUGCUAAGACAAUUUUUCAACUGGGAAUUUACCUUUUAAGUAGAAUACAUCAGAAGAUCAAUGUUCAUUCUCCAACUUUUUUUGUUUUUGCCCCUUUUGGCCUACCAUUUCAUCCACAACGCCACCCUCCUUUGCAUUUGUCCUUUCAGUUAAAAUGUUUGGCCAUAUUGACCCUGUAGGAUUAACCCCUAGAAAGUUAAUUUGCAGAGACCAAAAGGACUGCAGCUGACAAGUUUUUCUCUAGAACGGAACAUCAGCCAACUCUCAUAUCCCAAAUGCCUCAUACAACUCCAUAAUUCGUACCCCGUGCAGCCCACACAUAAUAGGGUAUUACUUAAAAAGUGCUAUCGAUAUUGUGCAAAUACAGGAAAUGUUGCUCCAGACACAGAGCCCCAUUUUAAAACGUUAGAAUGUAUGCCGACCACGCAACAUUUCAGUACUUUGUAUUUUAUCAUUAUUUGCUUUAAAACCAAAUGAAAAUGCUGAAAAAAUACCAACACAUAAACUAAUGGCCAUAUUACCCAACAGCUUCUUUUUCCCUUAGCCAUUACACAGAAACUACUCGGCACCUACCAAUCUCCUGCAACCGUAGUAUGGCUUUUCCUCCUUGUAAGGGGAACUUUUAUUUUGUAGUCUUUGUAGCUACUGGAGACAGCUUAUUUAUAUGUGGAUUUACAUUACUCCUCAGUUCAGUUCUGCUGUUGCCUUUCAUGGUUUCAUUCCCCUAACAGCGCAGUUUUAAAUUUUAAGUAUUUUACUUAGUACAUCUAAAAGUGAGCUUUAUUUGUACCUUAGUAUUACAGUCAUCUUAGUCUACUAUCUCAUUUUUUGUGCGUUGUUUGUGUUAGAGUGGACUGGCAUCCUUUUUAGCUUCAGGGCAGGAUUAUCAGUGACUUUACUGACCAGAUGAGCAAUUGUGACUGAUCUGGCUUGACAUUUGGCUUUAUUAUAAGGAAUAAACCAUGUUGAAUGUA